AAGAAGAAGAACGCAGCUGUUUAAAUGGUCACGUGGUUCCGUUACCAUAGUGACAAGAGUAUCUGGCUUUGGAAAGUUGUUUUUGUUUGUUCUGUGUUAUUUGAGCAGUGCAUCGUUUAGUACAUACAAUGCCACCAAAAUUGAAAGACAAAAGCAAUACAUCUGCAAAGGCAAGAACACCAACCCUGAUAAAUGGACGUACGAAGGAGGAGGUGUCCAAGGAGCAGAUGGAAGAGCACAUUAUGCACCUUCAAGAAGAGCUGGACAGAGAGAGAGAAGAGAGGAACUACUUUCAGCUGGAGAGGGAUCAGAUCCACAACUUCUGGGAGAUCACCGAAAGACAGCUGGAUGAGACUCAGGCUCUGCUGAAAAACUUGAACAAGGAGAUAGAAGAGGCGGAGGGGCGCCACCAAGUGGAGAUAAAGGUGUAUAAGCAGAAGAUGAAGCAUCUCUUGUGUGAACACCAGAACACGAUGUCAGAGCUGAGAGCGGAUCAUGUCGUUUCCAUUGAGGCAAUCCAGAAAGACCAAGCGGUGUUAGAGAAUGAGCUUCUCCAGGGCAUGAGUGCGCUCAAAGUGGAUAUUCAGGAGGCCCCUACUGAAAACCUUCAGGAGCUCAAAAUGAAACAUGACAAAGAAAAAACUGAAAUGAAAAACAAACUGGAGACUCAACUGUCAGAAAUCAAAGCAAAGUAUGAGCAAAAGUAUGAGUUGCUGCUGCAAGAACUGGACAACAAGAGGAAAGCUGAUGUCAGCGAGUUUGAAGAUCAGAAGAACAGCCAUAUCACCUGUCUCAUAAACAACCACAAGAAAGCUCUGACAGAUUACAGAGCUGACUUACAAAAACAAAAGGUUCAUGAUUUAGAUUUGAACAAUUCUUUGAGUGCACACGUUGAAGAGCUGAAGUUAAAAGAGAUGGAAAAGAAGGCGGCCUUUGCAGACAUUUCAUUGGAAAACAAGUGCCUUACUAGUGAUCCGAAGAAAGCCAUCGAGGAAGUAGCUAAACUUCAGAAGAGACUGAAAUUCUACGAGAAGGACAAGAAUAUGUUGGUGACUCUUAGAGCACAUUUGAAGGCUGAGGAAAAGGCACUGAAUAAUCAGAUGUGGGAAGCCGAGGUGCUGGAACAAAGAUUCAACAUGCUUCAGCUGGAAAGGGAUGGGCUGUACCAAGCUUUCACUCAGAGCAUUCUCAACGUGCAGCAGAGGAGGGUUACACAAAGCUUGCUGGCAGAAAGGAAACUGGGAGCACUGACAGAAACUCUGGAAAAAGCGGAGGCUCAAGUCAGCUCAGUGAUUUCUGCCUGUGAUUUGGAUAGAACUGCACAUUCAGGAGCCACAAACAAAAUUGAGGAAAUAGUCCAAAAAUAAGUUGAUGAAGGACUUGCAGUAUGAGUUUCCAGGUUGACUUUCUGCUGAAAAACGAAGUGAAGCUCCUGUUGCUGGCUCUACCUCAACACGACAAACUAACAAGUGAACCCACGAGUGAACUAAAGAAUGAACCCAAAAUAUCAGAUCUCUGUUUGUAUGAUUUAAAAUAUACUGUUUCCAAAAUACACAGUGCGUGCAUAAU